GAGGAAUUGCUUCACAGAAGGGCUGAUGAGGCAUCGCAAUGGGCUGUCCGGGGAGGUAGUGAGUCUCGGUCCCUGGAGAUGUUUAAGGAGAGACUGGACGUGGCGCUCGGUGCCGUGGUCUGGUUGACACGGUGGUGUCGGGGCACAGGUUGGACUCGGUGAUCCCAGAGGUCUCUUCCAACCACAGUCGAUUCUGUGAUCCUGAAGUACUGAUUCAAUAGUUUCCGUCUAGGAAGAAGGCAAAUGCCCCAGGAGAAGAAACACAGGGAUUCUCAGGCCUCUGGAUGAGGGAUUUCUCCUGUGCAGCAGACGUGAGGAAUGCAGUGUUUAAUUUCUGAGUCAACAGGCGAAGGAGGCGUGCUUUGCCAAAAGCCUGGCUUAGGGAAAUGGGCUGGUUGGGAGAUGCAGGGAGGAUGGGAGCAGGACCAGCUUUGCCGGGGUUUGGGCACAGCAGCUUUGGGAAGGAGAGACUGCAGAGCCUGGAACCCUGGAGGAGGGCAGUGGCUGAGGGAGGCAGGAGAACCAGUUUCCUUUCAGAGCUGGUUUGCAUCUUUCCUAUCCACCCCUGAUCUCAAAACAAGCUUCCCAAGAGGUCAGGAGAGAUGCCAGCCUUGAGCACCGCCUAAACCAUUGGUUCCUGCCUUGGAGCAGCAGAUGCAGAGUCAGAAAACUGGCCCUUUUGGACUAUCUCUAGUGGAGGAAACCAUUUAGAGGAGGGACUUUGUGGAGAUUUGGAUACUCUGCCAGACUACUGAAAACUAAUCAUUUUAGGACAGCUGCAUCAAAUACAUCAUUUCCAGCAGUUUGGAUGCUGUUGGCACAAUAUUCUGGCAGAAUACCUGGGCCCUUUGUAGUAGUUAGAAAAAACGCUUUCUCCACGAUGCCUGAAACCGUGCAGGAUAAAGCUAAUCCAGAACUGUAUUCACCACAUCCCGGAGUGCGUGGGAUGACACUGCUCAACAGAGAGGCUUUUAAAAGGACAGUUGUUGUUCCAGCUCUUAAAGUCAAGAAAGAAAUUGUAAAUAGUUUGCUGAAGUCCCUAAAACAAUCGGUCCUGCAGCGUCCCGGUCUGAAGCGAGUGGUUGAGGAUCCAGAAGAUGAGGACAGUAGACUUGUUAUCCUGGAUCCUCAUAAAAUACCAGGAUUCUCAUUGGGAGAAUCAGAGCAGCAGGUGCUGAAAGAGCUCAGUGUUGAUCCUGAGGUGUCCAGGUAUAACCUGGAGCUGACCUACGAGAACUUCAAGUCGGAGGAGAUCCUGCGAGCGGUGCUUCCUGAGGGUCAGGAGGUCACCUCUGGGUUUAGCCGUGUUGGCCACAUAGCACAUCUGAAUCUCAGGGAUCACCAGCUGCCCUACAGACAUUUGAUUGGUCAGGUUAUAAUUGACAAGAAUCCAGGAAUCACCUGUGCAGUGAAUAAAACCAAUAUUAUUGACAGCACAUACAGGAAUUUUGAAAUGGAAGUGCUCGCUGGAGAGAAGAACCUGGUAACCAAGGUCAAAGAAAAUAAUAUUGCGUAUGAGUUGGACUUUUCCAAAGUGUACUGGAACCCACGCCUUUCCACGGAACACGGCCGUAUCGUGGAGCUGCUGAAGCCUGGGGAUGUCCUUUUCGAUGUCUUUGCUGGGAUUGGACCUUUUGCCAUUCCAGCAGCAAAGAAAAAGUGCCGUGUGUUCGCCAACGACCUCAAUCCCGAGUCCUACAACUGGCUCCUGCACAACUGCAGGCUAAACAAAGUAGACACCAAAGUGAAAGCGUUCAACAUGGAUGGCAGGGAAUUCCUCCGGGGGCCGGUACGGGAGGAGCUGAGCAAAGAGCUCCCACUCAUGAAGGAAGAGCAGAAAAAUGCUUUCCACAUAGUCAUGAACUUGCCAGCACUGGCUGUUGAAUUCCUGGAUGUUUUCAGGCAUCUCUUGGUUGGGGAGCCGUGCAGUGCUGCUGCCCUUCCCACUGUGCACUGCUACGGGUUCUCCAAGCAUGAGGACCCAGCCAAGGACAUCCAGGAGCGAGCGGAGGCGUCGCUGGGAACCUCCCUGGAUGGACGCUGUUCUACGUACCUGGUCAGGAACGUGGCGCCCAAUAAGGAGAUGCUGUGCAUCAGCUUCCAGGUCCCAGCAGAUGUGCUGUACAAGAGGCCCUGCCCUGAUGAAGCAAAACCAGCCUCAAAACGUCUGUGUACCAGCCAAGGUUUUUCUGAAGAAAAGUUACUGAGUUGAAGACUGGAGUUAUGGUGACUACCUUAGUUUGUGUAAAGGGUAUUUAGGGUGCCUCUGGUUUACCUGUUGAGUUAUUCACAGCAUACCUGUGUUGCCCAUCGAGAUGCACAGUGCAUGUUGCAGCUUUCCUUUGGGAGCCCUGCUUCCUGCAUUUACCUUUUUUUUUUUUUUAAUUGUGGGAUCGAUAAGCAGAUUGAAACUGUUGUUACUACAAAAAAUUAAAACUUUGCUCUUUUGUAAUAAAUGUGCUUUAGUA